GUAUAUCUGUGGUUGCUACUAGCCUUUCAGCCUGGAGAGAAAUCCGUCAAAGACAGAGAAGAUGGCGAGAGGUAGUCGUAGCCUGAGAAAAGUAGCUGAGUGUAUGAAAAAUAUACCUUCGACAGCCAGCCGGGAAAUACAAACUAGGAACAACGUAAGAUACCUGUCGUCAUGUGGGAUCCUGAUGACUCGUCUACCUCCCCUGCUGGGUGGAGCCAUGCCGGGGCGUGGCGUCGUGUUACCAGCCCGCAGCUUCUUCAACCUGGCCGAUUCCUUCUCCAAGAGGAAGGAGUACUCGGAGAGACGCAUCAUUGGGCAUUCCAUGCAGGAGAUAUAUGAGGUGGUGGCCGGAGUGGAAAACUACUGCGUCUUUGUUCCCUGGUGUAAGAAGUCUGAUGUGGUGUUCAAGCGAGCCGGAUUCUGCAAGGCCAAACUAGGCGUGGGCUUCCCACCUGUGAUGGAAAACUACACCUCUCUUGUUACUUCAGUACGCCCCCACCUGGUCAAGGCGUCCUGUUCAGACGGCAGGCUGUUCAACCACUUGGAGACGGUUUGGCGGUUCAGCCCUGGCCUCCCGGGAUAUCCUCGUACCUGCACUGUGGAUUUUUCUAUCUCCUUCGAGUUUCGCUCCCUCCUCCACUCGCAUCUAGCCCACGUCUUCUUCGACGAGGUGGUGAAGCAAAUGGUUUCGGCGUUUGAGCGUCGCGCCUCCAAUGUAUACGGCGCCGAGACGGCCAUCCCUCGCGAGCUCAUGUUCCACGAGGUUCACAGCACGUAGCGCUGCACCAACACCGAUACACAAACAAACACAACGCCCACUGCUGAUGUCAGAGGGAAAGAUAAGAUAAGAUAAGAGAGGAGGAGUGUAGACAGGCUACCUUGUUCUAACUGAAAACUGCAGUGCCUUUCUCACAGCAACGACCAAGUUUAUUCUCAACAGUUUCCAAUCUCUUUUUUUUAUUUUUAUUUUGUAUAUACAUACUAUAUGACUGAUGUGGAUCCACCAGCUCAUUUUCAUGUUGGUGCUAAAAAAAAAAAAAAUGACUUCAUUUCAAUUCAUUUCAUUAUCAGAACUGAACAAGCUGUUCCUGGUUGUGAAACUUGAGUUCACAGGUUAAAAUGAGUGUGUUUGGCCUAGCAGGGCUGCCAGUCAGGCUUGGUUCAAGCAAGUAUGUCAUUUUUACGUUUUUGGUGGAGCUGUUUGUUUAAUAGUCAACUCGGAAGAAAGCCAACGUUUUGACGAUAAACUACAUCAACGCAACAGUAUGCAGAGUUCAACUGGACGGGCCCAAUAACCUCUGAAUAGUUCUACUUGUCAUUAAAUUGCAACACAUUUUGUCGGCAGGAUAAUUUAAAAGGCAACCGCGACUACAUUGUGCGUCUGACCUAUUUCUGAUACCGUGGCGGCAGAAAUUUUGCCAUGGCGGGCCGCCACGACAAAAUCAACAUAGAGGAAAACACUGUUAACAAUAGCUUCACUCAAUAGUUAACUACACUGCUUUGACUGCCAUUUUUGCGACCACAGUUACAAACCGUAAUUCAAAAAGCUGCUUUAGGAAGACACUUUACAACUACACGUCUUCCAAAAAAACAGAUUUCAGGAUGUAGAGUAGACAAUAUUGCAAAUCACCUGUGUCAGAGUACACCCAACAAAUAAGACAACAAUGCAGAUGAGGCUGUUCAAAGUUGUAGGAGAGAAAGGACCGUUUAAGAUGUCGUUAGUGAGAAUACCUUGUUUAUUACAAUGGGAAUGAACACAGUUUGUGAAAAAUUCAAGAUGAAGAAAGGUUCCAGUUCCCAGUUGAAAUGGGUCAUUACUUGUUGAUCAUGUUACAGAGAUUAGAGUUAAGGGCAACCCAUCUUUUGUUAGCUACAGAGGAUAUAAGCCGCAGGGCCCAGAUGGUUUUACAACCUUAAUGCUUUUCUGGGAUGAAUUGAGCGUGAAGGGCACAAAGCAACUAAAGAAAGUAAUGUUUAAACUCAUGCAAAAUGAACUCCAAGCCAUGCAGCUGAUGGACAGUAACCUAUUAAACGUCCACCUCCACAACUGUAUAUUAUAAGAAUAUAUUUUAAGAAUAAAGGGCUAGGCAGGCGAGACACUGUGUCACUGGAAUCAUGCAGUGAGGAUUGUGUACAAAGGACUACAUGUACAAAAUGUACUGUAAACUAUCAGGAACACAUGCACCUUUCAAAGGGCGCUGAACUUUUAUUUUUGCUUUAGUAGGUUUACGGCUGGGUGAUAAGGCUGAAAUAUUCUAUCGCGAAGUAGAUCAUUUCAUAUUUUCAUAACGAUAUAUAUAUCUCAAGAUGGAGCAUGUUUUCUGGUAAUUGCAUAAAUAAAUAUUCCACACGGUAAAGCUUAUUUUUGUAUGCUCUUUGAAUUAAAUACUUUUAAACUUCUUUAUUUUAUCAUUUAUUCUUAUCAAGUGUAAAAUGAACCUAACGUGCAAUGAUCAGAACGUAAAGCGGCGUCCAAAUGGUGUAAAUAUUGCCGUAACGCAGUUCGGCACCUUUUUUUUUUUUUUUUUUUGACAUCGCGAUAGAAAUAAUAUAAAAAUAUAGAAUUUUUUUUGAAUAUAACAUUUUAUAUCGUUUUGACAAUGUAUAUCGUCCUGUCGCCCAGCCCUAGUAGGAAACAGUGAUUUUUUUUUUCUUCUCUUUAUGUUACAUAUAUUAUGCUCUCGUCUUUAUUAAGGGAGCUAUGCUGGCCAUAAGAGUUAAAGCUACAUUAUACAGCAAAGUGUGCAAUAUUGGCAGUAUAUAGGUGUUAACUUUUAACUCUUAUUGAAUGUGAAACUGUAUGUUUGUCUUGUACGCCUACACUUUUCUUGGCCAGGUCGCCGUUGCAAAUGAGAACCUGUUCUCAACGGCCUACCUGGUUAAAUAAAGGUUAAAUAAAAAAAAAUAAAAAAUCUUAAGCAAGCAUGUAUACACACCGUUGAUACAAAGGGCCCAAACUGGCCGGUUAGGCAGAGGCCAGGUCACAAAUGUUCAGUGGCGCCCUGGAACCGUCACGAUUCCAACUGUCCGACCCGCACCGCUCACAGAGUGCCUCCUGAACAACUGGCAGCAUAUUUCUCUUUUUAUUUUUGAAAUAUUAUACUCAUUCUUUAAUAUUUAUUACUUGAGUUUAAGUGUAAAUAUUGGUUUGAAGAUCAUGUAAGAAAGACGUCUGUGCUGCUUUUAAAGAAAAUGGUUGUGUGUUUCAAGGGAUUGGGGAAAAGGACUUGUGUAAAUGUUUUUGUUUAAUGACUUUAGAAAGAUGUAUCCACUGCAUGAUUUAUAAACUUAUUUUUACAACAAAAAAAA